UACACGUACCCGAGAAAAAAACCAUUAAUGCAAAUUGCAAAUCACGAAUUUCCCAUAAAUAAAAAUUGGACCGUUUUGCCCUCACCGCUUCUACAUAUAUAUACAGCACCAUUUCUCCACUCUCAAACCACACAAUUUCUACAUACACACAUACAUACAUCCAUAUUUUUUUGCAAUAUACAUAUAUCUCUGAAAAGAUGAAGGGUGGUAUGGCUAGCUUUGUUGCAUGGUGCGCGGUGGUGAUGGUGGUUGCGUUGGUGGCGGCGGAAGCGCAGGAAACCGCGGCGGGGGCGAAUUGCAACCCUAUGGAGCUGGCACCGUGCCUUGGGGCGAUAAUGGGGACCGAUAACCCUUCGCCCGAGUGCUGCCAAAAGCUAAAGGAGCAAGUGCCUUGCUUCUGCAACUACCUAAAGGACCCAAGGGCGGGCCAAAUCAUCGACUCGCCUAACGCCAAGAAGAUCGCCGCCGUCUGCGGCCUACAGCGCCCGUCGUGUUGAUUGGAGAAUCUGUAAAUUAAAAAUAAACUUUGUCGAAACGGGAUUGUUGUGUGUCUCUAUGUUAAAGUAGAUAUAUACCACCUCUUUGUUUGACAA